GCUGAAGCAGGACAGCUGGCCCGGCUCCCUCCCAGCAUGAACCCCUCAGACCCUCACCUCUCACGGGGAAAGGGGCUUCUGGAUCCUUUUUGAAAACCCACCCCAUCCCUCCCUGAGCAUUUCUGCAGCUGCUGGAGAGAUGCAGAAUGAACGGACUUCUGGUUUUUGGAGGAGGCGAGGGAAGAAAGGUUGAAAACUAACUCCGCCAGAAACUGCUGCGUUUGGGAUUUUUCUCUCCUUCCCCUUUGUCUCCACCACAAACCUGUCUCUUCCCUGGGCACUGAGACAGGGGCUUCCCUUGCCUGACAGAGAAACAGCUGGAAAUGGGCUCGCUGAGACAGGAGGGAUGUCUUCGGCCAUGCCCAUGCCUUCCGGAGACAAGGACCUGUACCCCGGACACCAUCACUUCAGCUCCUGCAGCCCUUUGAGUCAGUUCUUGCAUGGCGCAGUGGAGUCACGCUCCAUCAAGGGCGUUUACUACCGCAGGGCCCGGAAGGUGGGUGCGCUGGACGCCUCCCCCACCGCGGACCUGAAGAAAGAGAUCCUGGUCAACGUAGGGGGCAGGCGGUACCUCCUUCCUUGGAGCACGCUGGACGAGUUUCCGCUGAGCCGCCUGAGCAAACUCCGCUUCUGCCGGAGCCACGAGGAGAUUGCGCAGCUCUGCGAUGAUUAUGACGAGGAUAACCAAGAGUUCUUCUUUGACAGGAGCCCCAGUGCUUUCGGGGUGAUUGUGAGUUUCCUGGCGGCCGGCAAGCUGGUCCACCUCCGGGAGAUGUGUGUGCUGUCCUUCCAGGAAGAGCUGACCUACUGGGGGAUUGAAGAAGCCAACCUGGAGAGAUGCUGCCUGCGGAAACUGCUCCGGAAGCUGGACGAGCUGGAUGAGCUGCGCAGGGAGGAGGCGCUGCAGCAGCAGAGGGAGGCCUGCCGCCCUGCCGUGCACACAUCGCGCUGGGGGCUCUUCAUGAACCGGCUGCGGGAGAUGGUGGAAAAUCCGCAGUCCGGGCUCCCCGGGAAGGUCUUUGCUUGUCUGUCCAUCCUCUUCGUGGCCACCACGGCUGUCAGCCUGUGUGUCAGCACCAUGCCCGACCUGAGGGCCGAGGAGGACCAGGGGGAGUGCUCGCAGAAGUGCUACUACAUUUUCAUCGUGGAGACUGUCUGCGUGGCCUGGUUUUCCCUGGAGCUCUGCCUGCGGUUUGUCCAGGCCCGGAACAAGUGCCGCUUCCUCCAAGGGCCCCUGAACAUCAUCGACAUCUUGGCCAUCUUUCCCUACUACGUGUCCCUUGCCGUGUCGGACGAGCCCCAGGAGGACGGCGAGAGGCCAGGCGGGAGCUCCUACCUGGAGAAGGUGGGGCUGGCGCUGCGCGUGCUGCGGGCACUGCGCAUCCUGUACGUGAUGCGCCUCGCCCGCCACUCACUGGGGCUGCAGACGCUGGGGCUCACGGUGCGCCGCUGCACGCGCGAGUUCGGCCUGCUCCUCCUCUUCCUCUGCGUGGCCAUCACCCUCUUUUCCCCUCUGGUCUACGUGGCCGAGAAUGAAUCUGGGCAGGUCCUGGAGUUCACCAGCAUUCCGGCCUCCUACUGGUGGGCCGUCAUCUCCAUGACGACGGUGGGCUACGGAGACAUGGUCCCGAGCAGCGUGCCGGGCCAGAUGGUGGCCCUCAGCAGCAUUCUGAGCGGGAUCCUCAUCAUGGCCUUCCCUGCCACGUCCAUCUUCCAUACGUUCUCGCACUCCUACCUGGAGCUCAAAGAGCAAGAGCAGCUGCAGGCCCGCCUCCGCCGCCUGCAAAAUGCUGCCACGGCUAGUGAACACGAACUCCUGAGCGACGUCAGUGACCUGAUCCUGGAGGGCCCUGCCUUGCCCAUUGCAUACAUUUAACUCAAUCCCUCCACCUCCUGAAAAUGCCAGA